ACUCACACUCUCACUGUUACCUUCCUUAUAUAUAGAACACAUCUCACUCUUUACUCUCUUAAACCUUAGCAUCAAAAUUCAAAACCAUAACCUCUUUUAGAACUCCAUAACUAGAAAGUAACUCUUAUCUUCACUUUCCAUCUUUCACUAUCAAAACCUAUUUCCACUUUUUCCAACACAUGGAUAGGUUUACUACAAACAACUCUUGUUCUUCCUAUGACAUGUCAUUCCCGAAUUCAGAGAGCUCUCAGUGGAUAUCAAUUUCCAAUGAGGAGUUUCGCUUAGCUGCGACAACCCCGAAGAAGCGUGCAGGCAGGAAGAAGUUCAAGGAGACUCGCCAUCCGAUAUAUAGAGGUGUGAGGAGAAGAAACAAUGAUAAAUGGGUAUGUGAAAUGAGAGAACCUAACAAGAAAACUAAGAUUUGGCUAGGAACUUUUCCAACUGUCGAGAUGGCUGCCCGAGCACACGAUGUUGCUGCAAUGGCAUUAAGGGGCCGCUACGCCUGUCUCAAUUUUGCAGACUCAACAUGGCGGCUCCCUAAACCCGCCACCACUCAGGCAAAAGAUAUACAAAAGGCAGCUACAGAGGCCGCCGAGGCUUUCAGACCAGAAAAGACUUUAACAACUAACGACAUUGACAAGAUUUUAACGAUUAAUGACGUCGACAUUGAAACUGGUGUAGCUGCCUCCGCCACAGUGGAACAGAUUUUGGAUUGCAUGGAAUUGGAAGAAGAGGGAGUGAUGAGCAUGCCAGAGAUGUGGAGGAAUAUGGCACUAAUGUCUCCAACACAUAGUUUUGAAUAUCAAGAUGAGUAUCAAUAUAUUGAUGUACAAGACUAUCAAGAUCAAGAGAUAUCACUAUGGACUUUUUAGUUUUCUUCAUUAGGAACUGUGUUUUUAAGUUUGAUCUUUUGGUUUACAUUUAUUUAUUUUUGGAUUGUAGAAUGGAAAUUGAAAAAGAAACCAUUUUUGUAUUCUUUUCUGGGAAAGUAGUCACUAGUCAAGCAUAAAGUGCAUUUCAUCCCUUUAUUCUAUAAAUAUAUCUGUCUAUAGAUCUAUCUAUAUUCUCAUCAGCAGUUUUCUCAUAAUAAUGCAAACUGGAAUUGGACUA